UUUGUCUACGUGGCUGGCAAACUGGGCGCAGCACCCGAUGAUGCAUANGUGAAACUCAUCUGCUCCUUUCUGUUGUCAUAUCCUUUGGCUGGAGUACUCAAACGCAUUCCCGACUCGAGACCUGCACAGAAAAAUGCUUUCAUCAUUGCGUAUGUAUCGACUUGUGACCCUUUUCACUCUACUCUACUAACUUUGACAGUNGUUUCCAUGUUCUACCUCGUCGGCCUCUUCGACUUGUGGGCCGGUCUACGUACCAUCCUGAUCAGCUCUGUGGGUGCAUACUCGAUUGCGGCGUACAUCCAAGGACCUUAUAUGCCAUGGGUUGGCUUCGUCUUCCUCAUGGGACACAUGUCUGUCAACCACAUCUAUCGCCAGAUUCUCAACGACCCCAGCACUGUCGACAUCACCGGUGCCCAGAUGGUCUUGGUUAUGAAACUGACGGCCUUCUGCUGGAACGUCUACGAUGGCACACUACCUGAAGCCUCUCUAACUGAUCACCAAAAAGACCGCGCACUGAAGAAGCUGCCUAGUCUGCUUGAUUAUGCCGGUUUCGUGUUCUUCUUCCCGUCGCUGUUCGCAGGUCCUGCUUUCGAUUAUGUGGACUAUAGAAGAUGGAUCGAGACCACCAUGUUUGAGCUUCCUGAUGGUGUUGAUCCUUCCAAGGCACCACCGACUCGCAAGCAACGCAAGAUNCCGCGCAGCGGCACACCUGCAGCAUGGAAAGCAGCCUUUGGUCUUCUCUGGAUCUUUGCUUUCCUCCAAUUCUCUGGCUACUACUACACUGAUUUCUUGCUCUCCGACGUUUACAAGGAAUAUGGUGUUCUUCGUCGUGUCUGGAUCUUGCAUAUGCUAGGUAUCACUACUCGCAUGAAGUACUAUGGUGUCUGGUCUCUUACCGAGGGCGCUUGCAUCCUCUCUGGCAUUGGGUACAAGGGCAUUGACCCCAAGACCGGCAAGGCCGACUGGAACAGACUGCAAAACGUGAAGCCUCUUGCUAUUGAGCUGGCUCAGAACAGCCAUGCUUACCUCGGCAACUGGAACAUCAACACAAACUUGUGGUUGAGGAACUACAUGUACCUGCGAGUCACGCCCAAGGGCAAGAAACCCGGUUUCAGAGCUAGUAUGGCUACUUUUGUCACCACCCUGCCCUCGAAACGCUACUACGACAUCUUCACCUGGCUAUGUACUCAACUCGCCUUCUCCUUCACCGUCGCCCCAUUCAUAUUCCUCGGCUUCGGUGACUCUCUCUUGGUCUGGCAGCGCGUCUACUUCUACACCAUAAUCGGUGUCACUGUUUCUUCUCUAUUUCUUCUGUCUCCCGGAAAGCAGUUCCUGCAGCAAAAGGUCAAGCAACACUCCAAGCCUAGCGAGGAGCAGGUCAAGAAGGACCUGGAGAAGGAAUCUAGAAACCCGACUUUGGGGUUGCCGGAUGAUCCUGGCCGUGCUUGGGAUGAGAUGGUCGAGGAGAUUACAGCCGAGAUCCAAGAGAGAAAGAGAAAGGGAUUGCCUAUUCCUGCAAAACUGAGACAAGAAGCCGAGGCCGUUGGAAAGAAGGUCACU